AUGAUUUUCUUUCAUUUUUAUUUCGAACUCUUCAAAUCUAUCUAUCUAUCUAUCUAUCUAUCUAUCUAUCUAUCUGAUAAAAUUUAUUUCUCUCUGUCUCACCUGUUAAUAUCUAUCUAUCUAUCUAUCUAUCUAUCUGAACGCGUCGCUGUCCGACUUUACACUAUCCAGCAUAUUCCCUAUACAAGAUUUGCCCUAUCCACCCUAUUUCCUAUACGAGACUUUUGUCUAUCCACCAUAUUCACUAUACGACACUUUACCCUAUCCACCCUAUUCCCUAUACGAGACUUUUCCCUAUCCACCCUAUUCUCUAUAAAAGAUUUUGCCCUAUCCACCCUAUUCCCCAUACGAGACUUUUCCCUAUCGACCAUAUUCCCUAUAAAAGAUUUUGCCAUAUCCACCAUAUUCCCAAUACAAGAUUUUGCCCUAUCCACCAUAUUCCCUAUACGAGACUUUGUCCUAUCCACCCUAUUUCCUAUACGAGACUUUUCCCUAUCCACCCUAUUCCCUAUAAGAGAUUUUGCCCUAUACACGUUAUUCCCUAUACGAGACCAUUCCACCCUAUUUCCUAUACGAAACUUUUCUCUAUCCACCCUAUUCCUUAUACGAAAAUUUGCACUAUCCACCCUACUCCCUAUACGAGACUUUGCCCUAUCCACCCUAUUUUCUAUACGAGUCUUUUCCCUAUCCACCCUAUUCCUUAUACGAAAAUUUGCCGUAUCCACCCUAUUCCCUAUACGAGACUUUUCCCUAUCCACCCUAUUCCCUCUACGAGACUUUAAACUAUCCACCCUAUUCCUUAUACUAGAUUUUGCACUAUCCACCCUAUUCCCUAUACACUUUACCCUAUCCACCCUAUUCCCUAUACGACAUUUGCCCUAUCCACCCUAUUCCCUAUACGAUAUUUGCCCUAUCCAGCAUAUUCCCUAUACAAAAUUUGCCCUAUCCACCCUAUUUUCUAUACGAGACUUUUGUCUAUCCACCAUAUUCACUAUACGAGACUUUACCCUAUCCACCCUAUUUCCUAUACGAUACUUUACCCUAUCCACCCUAUUCCCUAUACGAGACUUUACCCAUUCCACCCUAUUUCCUAUACGAGACUUUUCCCUAUCCACCCUAUUCCUUAUACGAAACUUUGCCCUAUCCACCCAAUUCUCUAUACGAGACUUUAACCUAUCCAAGCUAUUCCCUAUACGAGAUUUGCACUAUCUACCUAUUCCCUAUACGAGACUUUUCCCUAUCCACCCUAUUCUCUAA